GGUUUAUACUCUCUAGGAUUUAGGAGAUUGAGAGGGGAUCUUAUAGAAACUUACAAAAUUCUUAAGGGGUUGGACAGACUAGAUGCAGGAAGAUUGUUCCCGAUGUUGGGGAAGUCCAGGACAAGGGGUCACAGCUUAAGGAUAAGGGGGAAAUCCUUUAACACCGAGAUGAGAAGAACUUUUUUCACGCAGAGAGUGGUGAAUCUCUGGAACUCUCUGCCAGAGGGUAGUUGAGGCCACUUCAUUGGCUAUAUUUAAGAGGGAGUUAGAUGUGGCCCUUGUGGCUAAGGGGAUCAGGGGAUAUGGAGAGAAGGCAGGUACGGGAUACUGAGUCGGAUGAUCAGCCAUGAUCAUAUUGAAUGGCGGUGCAGGCUCGAAGGGCCGAAUGGCCUACUCCUGCACCUAAUUUCUAUGUUUCUAUGUUUCUAAACUGCCUCAGGAUUAACACAACUAACUAACAACUAAACGCAAGGCCUAACAUUAACACGACUGACUCGCAUAACUAAACUGACAUUAACACUAACAUUAACAUAGCUAACUAACAUACCUAAUGUUUUGCUGCAAACUACCCAUUAGAUUAGCUAACAUUAAUAUAACUAACUAAUAUAACUAAUGUUCUGCUGCAAACUGCCUCAGGAUUAACACAACUAACUAACAUAACUAAACUCAGGACUAAUAUUAACAUAAAUAACAUGAAUCCUGCAAAUUCAACAACCUCUGACUAAAGAAAUUCUUCCUCAUCUCCUUAAAGGUAUGUCCUUUUAUUCUAUGGCCUCUGGUCCUAGACUCCCACCAAUGGAAACAUCCUCUCCACAUCCACUCUAUCCAUGCCUCAGGACUAACAUUAACAUAACUAACUAACAUAACUAAACUCAGGACUAACAUUGCAUCAGGAAAAAUAUUGAAUUUGUUUCUUAAAUAGCAGCAGAAAACAAUCCAUCUGCCUUUCAAAAAAAUACAUCAGAUCCCUUUAAAUGGGAUCAUAUCAUAUGAAUUCCAUGUGUAGGAAGGAAAUGCAGAUGCUGGUUUCCACCGAAGAUAGACAAAAUGCUGGAGUAACUCUGCGAGACAGGCAGGAAAGGGUGACGAUUCGGGUCAAGACCCUUCUUCAAACAGAGUCGGGGGAGAGGGAAACUUGAGGUAUGGAAAGGUCUACAAUGGUAACAUUGAGGACCACACCUUACCUGCCCUGUUAUGUGAAGACUUUGGAAAAUAAUUAAGGAAGAAUUUCAUGCUGAAAAUGAGAGGAGAGAUAUGCACUCAAGAGUGCAGGAUGCUAUCCAACUUCUGUGACUGUACAGAUAUGAAGCUAUAUCUUUAUCCAGAUGAUGUGUUUGCCAAAUGUAAUGGAAGAUGCACUCAGCAGCUUGAUAUGGUUAAAUUACAUGGUUGAACAAGUUCUGAAUUUAGAAAGAUUCUGAAAAAUGGACUCAUCGAAAUACCUCUUGGAACCUAAAGGAGUUUCUCAGAUACAUUCAAAGGAGAAUCCUCUGGCACAAGUUAUCCGAUCAAAGCUCAUUCAGGACUUCAAUUUGUUGGAUCAUUUACAAGGAUUAAUCAUCAAUGAUCCAAAAUAUAAUAUGAAUGAUAUUAAAGACCCAAAAAAGUUGACUAGGUUGAUGAUUGAAGAUCCACUGCAGCUGGUGCGUUUUGAUUUCAAUCCAGUCCGGAAUAUAAAUGUUUCCUCAAAUGACCGAGAGAGAAAUUGUCUAAAAAAUCGCUAUGUCAAAUACCCACCACUCAACAUGUGGGCACAGUGGAUUUUAGAGAGUUUAUUUUACAAAAAUCUGAUUCUGUAUCUCAUUAUCAUCAAUAUAAUUGUGUUCGGCGUGUUAGCAGAUGUGUCUUCCCAGCCUGGAAUUAAAUACACUAUUUUAACGAUCAUGUUAGUCAUCAUCGACUGGUCCAUCCUUUCAGUUUUAGUGUGCGAAAUCAUCCUCCGGUGGCUUCAAGACUUUGUCAAAUUUUGGAGCAGCGGCUGGAAUGUCUUUGACUUGAUAAUACUAAUCAUUUCUAUUAUUCCGGAGAUCAUCAAUCAAACUCAUCUCAAAAUCAGCAUCGAACUCCACUUUUUAAAAGUUUUUCGAAUCCUCAGGGUUUUACGUUCUUUGAAGAGAAUGAGAAAAUUCCAUCAAGUGCGACUGCUUAUAUUGGCAAUGACAAAAGCAUUAAAGGCAAUGACUUUCAUCUUGAUGUUAGUGCUGUUAUUUGCCUAUGUGUUUGCAAUAGUUGGAGUGUCACUUUUUCGGAUCUACACAGAAUCUGGCAACCCAGGACGUGAAUAUAAGUUAGCUUUUGUUAAUAUCGUGCACACAUUGCAGACCCUAUUUCAGUUGUUUACUCUGGACCAUUGGCACGCAUUGCUCAUCGACAUAUGGAAAGUAGAUGAGGUUGACAAAAUUGCAAGUGGUAUCUACAUAAUAUUCUGGAUCCUGAUCGGCUCUUUCAUAUUCAGAAAUAUCAUUGUAGGAAUAAUGGUGAGCAAUUUUCAGACCAUAAGAAAUGAUCUAUCAGCACAAAUUCAGCAGCUUGAAGACCAACGAAAGGCAGAACAAUUUAAAAUACAGAUUAUGCAGAGGAGAAUGAGUCAGUCAUUAACUUUCACCAAAGUAGAUGGAGUUUUGGAGCCUGAAUUCGCUGCACCCAGUGAAAUUAAUUUAAAGGGGAGCAGUCACAAUAGCUAUUCAAGUGAUAUCUCCUUCAAGCCCACGGGUAAAGAUUGGGAGAGCUAUGUCCGUAUCAACAUCAAACUGAUGAAGUUUAACCCAACAAGAGAGAAGGUUAUUUGGCCAAGGGACUCCUUGUUUCGCUAUUAUGAACUGUUGGAGCAGCUUCAAUAUAAUCUGGAGGAACGGAAGACCCUGCAAUUUCUUGCAGGUUGGUAUGUUAUAAGAUGUAGGAGCAGAAUUAGGUCAUUCAGCCCAUCAAGUCUACUUGCCAUUCAAUCAUGUCUGAUCUAUCUUUUCCUCUUAACCACCUUCUUCUGCAUUUGCCCCAUAACCCCUGACACAUGUACUAAUCAAUAAUCUGUCAAUUUCUGCCUUAAAAAUAUCCAUUGACUUGGCCUCCACAGCCGUCUGUGGCAAUGAAUUCCACCCUUAAAGAAUAGGUAGUUUCCAGCUGUUUCUCCCUGGUACUUAAAGAAAUGAAGUGUUAAUCACAAACAAUCCUAUUAGAUUGUGUAGUCAUGAAUGAUAAAAUUCACAUUAUUGAUCAUCUUAAAAAUUACAUAACAUUUUAGAUUUGUAACAUGGAGUAAGAAAAAGGUCACUUUUUUUCCAUCAUUGUGUUGCAAAUCUUUGAAAUACUCUGUUGAACUGCACUGUGAAUACUUCAUCUUUGUCACUUUGAACACAGAAAUAAGCAAUAGGAGUAGAAUGAUGCCACUCGGCCCAUCAAGUCUACUCUACAUUUCAAUCGUAGCUGAUCUAUCUCUCUCUCUCUCUCAACCCCGUUCUCCUGCGUUCUCCCCAUAACUAAAUAAAUAGUGGACUAGGCAUGAAGGAUAUCACGAGACAAUGUUCCUAAUUCUACUUUAGUUUAUAGGUUAAAGACAAUGUUUCCCCCCCUUUGUGUUUUUCCCUGUAGCUAUCAAA